AUGGAAACUACGAGUAAAGAAGAUCCAUUUCUUUCACAUUUUGAAACAUUAAUUGAUGAAAUAGAAAUUAAUAAUAAAGCAUCUAAAACUACGAUUGAAUUAUCAUCAUCAUCACUUGGUACUUGUCAAUUCACAUCAAGUUCAUCAACUAAAUCUCCUAUUCUACCAUGUCCAGUAAAUACACUUGAUUCAUUUGCAAUAAAAAAAUCUCUUUUGUCAAGUAUUGAAUCAUCAGGUAGUCAAUUAACACCAUUACAAUUAGAUUUUUUUUCAUUAAUUCAUAAUUAUCAUGAUAUGUAUUAUCCAAAUCGAACGAAUACAAAUGAUGUUGGUGAACAAUUACGAUUUGUUAUUUGUUUACAUUUAAUUAAUCAUGUAUUAAAAACUCGUGCACGUAUAUUAUCACAUAAUGCAAAAUUAAAAGAAAAUCCUGAUCUUGAUUAUCAUGAUCAAGGUUUUACAAGACCGAAAGUUCUUAUUAUUGUACCAUUUCGUGAAAGUGUUCGUCGUAUUAUAGAUUGUUUUGAAAAUCUCUUAUUAAAUACAGAUGAUAGUGAAAAAACUGAUCAAAUACAAAUUAGUCAUCGAAAAAGAUUUCAAGAAGAAUAUGGUGGUGGUGAAAUUGAUAAACAAAAUAAUGAUGGCAAAUUUCAGCGAACAUCAGAUGAAUACAAUGAAAUAUUUGCUGGAAAUAUUGAUGAUCAUUUUCGAUUAGGUAUAUCUGUAACGCGUAAAUCGUUGAAAUUUUUUCAAUCGGUAUAUAAAUCUGAUUUUCUUAUUGUUUCACCUGUUGGCCUUCGAACAUUACUUGAAAAACGUCGUCAAAAACGUAAACAUAAAGAAUCAUCGGACAAUUCUGGAUCUGAUGAUGAUGAUAAUGAUAAUAAUAAAAAUUCAACAGAUAAUAAUUCAUCUUCAAUUGCUGAUUUUCUUUCAUCAAUUGAAUGUGUUUAUAUUGAUCAAUUAGAUGUAUUAUCUAUGCAAAAUCUUGAUCAUUUAUUUUAUAUAUUAGAAAAUUUAAAUACUAUUCCACAACAAGCAACAUCAAAAAUAGAUUUUUCUCGUAUACGUCAUUGGUCAUUAAAUGGUUGGGCACGUUUGUAUCGUCAAUUAAUUGUUGUAUCAUCAUUUACAAGUCCAUUAUUUCUUAGUUUAUUUCAUCGUUUUUCAACAAAUUAUUUUGGACAAUGUUUAAUUCAACCAUAUUUUCCUUUAAAUGGUUAUAUACGUCCAUUAUCAACAUUUCAUCAAUUAUUUCAACGUAUACCUGUAUGUGAUCCAACAUUAAGAUUUAAUUAUUUUAUUGAAAAUAUUCUUCCACGUUUUGAUACAUCAACAUAUGAUCAUACAUUAAUAUAUUUAUCAUCAUAUUUUGAUUUUGUUCGUUUAAGAAAUUAUAUGCGAACAGAAAAACAUAAACAAUUUAAUUAUUUAACAUUAAGUGAAUAUUCAACUAAAAAACAAGUACUUCUAGCAAGAAAUAUAUUCUAUCAUCGUGAAGUACGGUUUUUAUUAAUGACAGAACGUUUUCAUUUUUAUCAUCGAUAUCGUAUUAAAGGUAUACGACAUAUAUUAUUCUAUGAUUUACCAUCCUAUGGAAAUUUCUAUCCAGAAAUUGUACACUUUUUAACAUUACCACAUGUUGAAGAAAAGAAAACAACAGUAACAACAACAACAACAACAAGAACGAAUCAAACAGUUGAACCAAGUACAUGUACAGCAUUAUAUGCAAAAGAAGAUGCUUUAAAAUUAGCUUAUGUACUUGGACAAAGUGCUGUAACUGAUUUAUUAACUUCAGAUAAAAAUACACAUUUGUUUACAAAUAAAUAA